GCACGCACCGCCAUAUUGAAGAACAAGCGUCCAGCUCGACGCCUCACUGGCCCUGUAAGCCGAAGGUAUACACUCCACGGGAAGGCUUGCCAAAGCACCGUCGACAUGGCCGCCAACGUCCCGGAAGGUGCCGUCGUGACCGCCCUGGUGGCUCUGUCGGACGAGGACCAGCGCGAGCCCCUGUACGCGCCCAUCUUCGGCAUCAUGGGCGCCGUGUCCGCCAUGGCUCUGUGCGCCCUGGGCGCCGCGUACGGCACGGCCAAGGCCGGCUCCGGCAUCGCCGCCAUGUCGGUGAUGAAGCCCCAGCUGAUCAUGAAGUCGCUGAUACCCGUGGUCAUGGCUGGCAUCAUCGCCAUCUACGGCCUGGUGGUGGCCGUGCUCGUGUCCAGCGGCCUGAGCGCCCACUACAAGCUGUACACCUCCUUCAUGCACCUGGGCGCCGGCCUGAGCGUCGGCGUGAGCGGCAUGGCGGCCGGGUUCGCCAUAGGCAACGUGGGCGACGCCUGCGUGCGAGGCUGCGCCCAGCAGCCGCGCCUGUUCGUCGGCAUGGUGCUCAUACUCAUCUUCGCCGAGGUGCUCGGGCUGUACGGCCUCAUCGUGGCGCUCAUCAUGUUCUCACGGUGAAACAAUAAAAC